UGUUUUGACACAUGUGUGUGUGUAUGUUUUUUAUAACCUCUCAUAUUGUCUCAUGUCAAAGGUGAAACAUCAAAAUCAAUAAAUAAAUAUAUAAACAAUUGUUACAAAAUGAGUAAACAGAAUGAAGUGCUUUGUCCUGGAAAAGAUGUUUUUGAACGAAUGAAUUAUUUAUUUCAAGCCAGUCAAUUAAUAUCAAAGUCAGAUCCUGUACUAGCAUCAAAGUAUGGAAAUUUAAUGAUCAAUUGUGGUAAAAAAGCAGUUUUACGAAUUGAGCCGGAAAUAAAAAGAUCAAUUUGUAAAAAAUGUCAAGCACCAUUGAUUGCUGGUGAAACAGCCAAGGUCAGGCUAAUAUCAAAACCAUGUAAAUCAAUUAAAUGGACAUGCUUGUUGUGUAAAAAUACAAGAAAAAUACCAACAAAACCAGGAUAUAAAUUAUGGAUCAAUGAGCCACAAUCAAUUGUCAAAAUAUUUGAUUAUUCAAAGCAACAAAAUGACAAUAAUAAAUCUAAAAAUACAAAUAUCAAAAAUGAAAGUGAAAGUCUCAACAAGAAUUUACAAGUUGAACAAAAUGAAAUUUUAAUCACCAACAAUUGA